UCAAUCACUUCAAUGUCCACGUUGAGGCGUUACAGUUAAAACGCGAGCGUGACCGCUCUCAGGCUUCUCUCUGGUUACACACGUGUCAUGGCAAAUGUAUUGUAAAUGGCAUCUUAUGUGUAUGAGUCAUUUCGCGCGUUCUACAGACGCGUCUCUACUUUGUGUACGUGAAGUUGUGGUUGGAACUUGUUUUCCGACGCGCAGUCUAGAUCACACUCACCACUGGACUCUGGAGUGCGAUUAGGCGAACUGCGUUAUAGAGUUAUCUUCCUCAUUGUGAUCAGACUUUUGUGAGCUGAACGCCAUGUAUUCUACCGAUUCCGAUAUGAAUAACGGCGUAAAUCGUGGUAACGACGUCGGUGACGCGUUUGGAUGCACCAGGAACAGUGUAGCUCCUAGUAUAGCACCAUUACAAACGGCACCUACUGAGCGUUAUGCCAUGUACUACAAUAUGAGUCAUUCCAAGCGUGGUUUGGCUCUUAUUUUUAAUCACGAAUUUUUUACGAUUGGACAUCUUAAACCUCGCUGUGGUACUAAUGUAGAUUGUGACAAUUUAAUUAAAACAUUGAAGAGCCUUGGCUUUGAAGUAAAUGAUUUUCACAAUCCAGAUCACAGAGAUAUAGUGAAACAAUUAGAAAGGGUCGCGAACAUGGAUCAUUCCCAACAUGAUUGCUUGAUAGUGGCUGUAUUGAGCCAUGGUGAACUUGGUCUUCUGUAUGCUCAUGAUACCGCGUACAAAGCAGAUUCUCUCUGGUAUCACUUUACCCCUGAUAAAUGCCCGACACUUGCCGGCAAACCUAAGAUGUUUUUCAUACAAGCCUGUCAAGGUGAUAAACUGGAUGCUGGCGUUACUCUUAAGGAACGUACCGAAACAGAUGGACUACCAUCUGCGACAUUCCGUAUUCCCACUCAAGCGGACUUUUUGAUUGCCUACUCAACGGUACCAGGUUAUUAUUCCUGGAGAAACACCAGUCAUGGAUCAUGGUUCAUGCAAGCGUUAUGCCUGGAAUUACGCGAGAACGGUACUCGCUAUGACAUGUUGACUCUGCUAACAUUCGUGUGCUUGCGUGUCGCGCUCGACUUCGAAUCCAAUACACCCGACAACAUCACUAUGCAUCAGCAGAAGCAGAUCCCGUGCAUCACGUCCAUGCUGACGCGCCUGGUGAGAUUUACAGCGCCAAAAAAUAAAGUUGCAUAGCCUGCAGGAUAAAGGAAAUUGUUGCAUUUAUAUGCAUUUAUAGUAGGUACGUAAGCCAUAUUAUAUGGUUAAGGCUGAUGCAUAUAUCAAUUUAUGCACCACGGUACUCGCCGUAUAUCAUGGCUACCGUAGAUUAGAUUUUAAGCGUAAUAUUUUACAUUAUCCAUAUCGUUUUAAUGAUCUUAUGUAGAUGAUGUUCGUGUUCCCUAUAAGUAUUUACAUUCAAAACAGCAUUAUGAUAUAGUUUCUUUUGCCAGUGACAAACUUUUAUACGGGAAGAGAUUUCUCUUUCACUUUUUUUCUUUUUUUACUUUCUUUUUACUUUUUUACUCGAUGUUGUUCCUCCUGAAUCUGUACCAGGAAAAAAAAACAGAUACAACUACUGCCAUAAUCGUAAUGAAUUGUGUGCUUAAUUAUACUCAAUCUUCAUCCAUACAUGACAGAAAAACAUCGCACGAUGUAAUGAAAAAGAUUGCAUUUCUAUUUAUUUUUUUUCUUUAACGUAUCAGCACAACUAUUUAUGAUAAGCACUAAAGUAUAAAAUAUGAGAAAUGCCGAAGCACUUAUUAAACUUCCGACAUUCUCAUGUCUGCAAUUAAGGUACAUAAUAAGUACAAAUGAAAGAUUAUCAAUUACAGUAAAAUUAUAUAUAUAUAUAUAUAUAUAUAUAUAUAUAUAUACUAUAUACAGCUAUUCUUAAUCAUAUUUUCAACAGUAAUUCAUAUAAAAAUACAAAACCUAUAUAUAAAUAUAUAUAUAAAUAUAUACAUAUAUAUACUAUAAAAAAAAAUCAUAAGUAUUUCAUACAUUCUAUUACAAUAGCAUUGAUGUUAAAUAAAUAGAAUAUUUUUUAAUCGUAUAUCUAUGAUUAAAUAUAUGUAUAUAUGAUGUGUGACUGUCCUAAUUUUUACAAGUGCAUACAUAUAUUUUGUACGGAACUCGUAAAAGCAAUGUGUGUACGUUCUCUGCAACAAGCAAUAGCCUGGCAUCAAUAAAACAAACAGUGUUCAAUGUUCGACUUUCAUGAUGCAUAAUAGUAAUCUGCCUGAGAUAAAGUAGUUGUGAUUUACUGUAAGCUGCAGUUACAACGAAUAUUCGAAUGUUACAUGAAAAAUGUUUAAAAAAAAAGAAAGUACGAGAUAAGCUGCAUCCUAUACAUAUAUUAUAAUUAGAUUAUUAAGAUUGGUUACCUGCAAACACCAAAAUCGCCAACGGGUGUGCAACGGGUGUCGCCAGGUUUGGCCGAUAUAACGGAUAGAUAAGAAUUUAAAAAGGGUAGAUGAAUUAUUAAUGUAUAUGGCGGAAAUUGCUGUAUUCGCAAGAGAAAUAGUAACGAGAAGAAAUUUGCGAAACGUGAUACAGAGUCUUUCAUAGUAAAAGUAAUCGAAUUCAUAUGCCUUAUACACUCGCAAUUAUUUGAUAACUAUAUAUAUGUAAAUUGCAUAUAUAAUAUGCAUGACGUAUAUUAAGACAUUUUCUAUAUACAAUGGUAGUUCUCAUUUAUUGUUCCUCGUACGAUAAGAUGUUUGCAAUUUAUCAUAUUAUAUAAACGCAUUUCGUGAUGUGAGCAUCUUGUCUAAAUGACGUUACACAGUGAUUGCUCAAGGAUAUAAGAUGCUGCUGCAAAUUUAAUUUGCGCAAUGUCUCCCGCAUUGUCUUUUGCAUUGUGAUAAGUGUGUGCUGAGAGUAGUCACUACGUGUGACACGUUAAUCCAUUUUUCGAAAUUGCAAUUUUUUCGUAUCGAUGUUACCGAAAGAUUUCGAGCAAUUUUGCAACACCUUUAUAUAUAAUAUUACUUUUAGUGAUACAUGGAUCUUAAGUGUGUGCUUUGUACCGCAUAUGUACUUUGUAAAAUCUUUCUAUACACGAACUUGUAUACAAAUUUACAAAAUAAAUUAGUAAGCUAAA